AUGGAAGAGGGUGCGCUGCUGGGCGGAAUGUCCAGCCCCGAAGAGGCCAUGGUGCCAGACCUGUUCAGUGCAGACGGCGGGUUUGCUCCUGAAAACCUGCCCCUGAAGGCCGCGGCGGUGGCGAGGGCCGAGGGAGAGGAGUUCCGCGUGCUCAAAGACCCGUACCUGAGCGCCGCGGACCCCAAAGGGCCCCUGCUGCACGCGUUCAACCCCCCGCUGAGCGUGGACUGCAAGACCAAGGCCGAAGCCCAGCUCCUGGUGGAGGAAAACGAGGAGGAGAUGCUUGGGGAGUUCCCGAGGCUCCCCGGGCUCGACCCCCUGGAGGACGCGGUCCUGCCCGCAGCCCCGCCCCCGCAGGCCUACAACGUGCACUUCCUGUCCCCGGUGCGGACGGCGCAGCAGCACGGGAGCCCCGCCGUCGUGCCCCUGGGCGCCUGGGCGCGGGAAGGAGCCGCCCACGCCGGUGUCCGGGUGAUUCCAGUGGAAGUAAAGGAAGGAGGGGGUGCAGGUGAGAUUCCGGAGGAGGCCGCGCUGCGGAACCCCCUUUCUCAGGAAGCCUGCGUGUUCCGGUCGUCGCAGGAAGCGGAUGGCACCUCUGGAAUGUCUCACCAGGACACCAGCCCCAUGGUGCUGUGCCAGAUGAGGGGGGGCACGCCGAGGCUGCGCAUAGACGGCCCCGGGGCGGCGGGGCUGCAGGCUCUUCACUGGGCUCCGCGAGGCCGGGACCAGAGUGGUUCCCCACAGUCAGAUGCCCCCAGACCAGUGACCGCCUUAGUGGGACGCCUUUUGCCCGUGCCAGCAAAACUAAACCUCAUCACACAACAACUCGGCGAGGGAGCCGCGGCGUCCACGGUCAGUGGGUCUGCCUUUCCGGUGGGGCCAGCCCUGGCGGCGCCGCCCAAAACAGCUGUGGCCGGGUGCUGCAACUGCCUUGCCAGUGGGGACUUUCGCAGCAACUGCAGUUGUGAUAGUUGCUGCAACAGUUUAUGUCACGGGAUCGAACGGUUUAAGGCCAUUAAGGUGCCCACUGCCAGGGCUGCCCACUCUGUGGCCGAGGCUCUGGCCCUGGGAGCCACAGGCGAUGGCCAGCAGACUGGUGUCUCCAGAGGAAAAGAGGAGAGGGCAGAACCCUCAGGCCCGCUCGGCUUGGCAGACACGCCUGCCUGCGGAGGCUGGCUCUCGCUGCUUCGGGCCUUUCGGGGAUGCCUCAUCUCAUGUUACCAGGCCAGAGUGACGUGCCCUUCGAUCUGCAAAUGCACGGGCUGCAGAAACUACCAAGAGAGCCCAGAGCGAAAACCACCACUGGCCGUGCCUACCUGCGUGGAGACCGGAGGUGCAGAGGGCGGACGACCGAGACUCGGAGCCGAGAGGUGGCCCUCGUGCAUCUCCUGGGAGGUGGUGGAGGCCACCUGCGCCUGCCUGCUGGCCCAGGGCGAGGAGGCCGAGAGGGCCCAGCGCCCGGAGGGCCUGGCCCAGCAGAUGAUCCUGGAGGAGUUUGGGAGAUGCCUGUCGCAGAUUCUCCACACUGAGUUCAAGUCCAAAGGGUUGACCGUGGAGUAG